AUGGCGUCUAGCGCUUUCGAAACGUACUGGAAGGUCCUGACUGACAACUUCACAGACUUCCAGCUGGCGACCAUCGGAAGUUUUCUGAUCCAUGAGUGCGUCUUUUUCAUGUCUGGCCUGCCUUACCUGAUACUCGAGAAUCUAAAUGUCCGAAAAUACAAACUCCAGAAAAAGUCGAACCCGGCGUCGUCACAGAUCAAAUGCGUAUUGAAGCUGCUGAUGUACCAUUGCCUGGUCAACCUACCACUGAUUAUGGCGUCCUACCCGGUUUUCAAGUACAUGGGCUUCAGAAGCACGCUUCCCCUCCCUCACUGGAGUACCAUCGUUACCCAGAUCGUGAGCUAUUUCUUUAUCGAGGAUUUCGUGUUUUACUGGGGUCACCGUGCGCUGCACUCGAAAUGGCUCUACCAGAACGUCCACUGCGUCCACCAUGAAUACGCGACGCCGUUCGGGUUGACAUCGGAGUAUGCGCAUCCCGCAGAAAUCCUCUUCCUAGGGUUCGCCACCAUUCUCGGCCCCGCCCUCACGGGCCCGCAUCUGCUCACCCUCUGGCUCUGGAUGAGCCUGCGAGUCCUCGAAACCGUUGAAGCACACAGCGGAUUCGAGUUCCCCUGGAGUCCGUCCCGCUUCAUUCCCCUCUACGGCGGGGCGGAGUACCACGACUAUCAUCACCGCUGCGUGUACACGGACUCGGGCAACUAUUCGUCCACGUUCAUCUACAUGGACUGGAUCUUUGGAACGGACAAGAACUACAGGAGAAUGAAGGCUUUGAAGGCAGGCAGUGCCAAGGACGAGGCUCCUACUACCAAUGCGCAUCUCGAGGACCGCCCUCCGCCUCUUCCGCCUCCGUCGCCGUCACCUGUUGCCACGUCAGCAGGUUCCAGAUUCGCCAAGAACUUCUUAGGGGCGGGGAGCGGCACGCGUGGACUGCCUUUCGGCGGCGGAAAUGGCCGUCAGUCAGGUGGGAAAAGGGGAAAGGUGAGAGGUGCAAGGGUUGAGCUGGGGCGCAAAAGGCGUGGGCGGGGCGUGAAUGGGGGUGGGGCGCAAAAGGUGGGGCUGGGGCGCAAAAGGUGGGGCUGGGGAGAGCAAAGUGGAGGUGGUGGGAGCAAGAUGGGGGUGAAAGGAGCAAGGUGGGAGUGGGGGGAGAAAGGUUUUCCAUCUCGUCGACUCCUCCCUCCACUCACUCUCCCCUCAAACAUUCAUAGUCCCCUGUCUCCAUUCUUCUUCCGCUCUCUCCCUUCACCCCCCCUUCCCCUCCCUCCCCCCUGCCAGGAGCCCCUGAAGGCGCUGCAGUUCAUGGGGGCGAGCGGGCUGUGCCACGCGUUUGACGGUGCUGUGGCGAGCAGGGAGGCUCAGGGCACGGCGGGCAGAGACGCACACGACCUGCUCAUCGCCACCACUGCCGGCGACAGUGAGUGCCCUCCUCUUUUCCACUCUCCUCCUCUCUGGGGGGCAGGGAAGCAUAAUGCACGGAGAGCAGGGAGGCUCAGGGCACGGCGGGCAGAGACGCCCACGACCUGCUCAUCGCCACCACUGCCGGCGACAGUGAGUGCCCUCCUCUUUUCCACUCUCCUCCUCUCUGGGGGGCAGGGAAGCAUAAUGCACGGAGAGCAGGGAGGCACAGGGCACGGCGGGCAGAGACGCACACGACCUGCUCAUCGCCACCACUGCCGGCGACAGGAGGCACAGGGCACGGCGGGCAGAGACGCACACGACCUGCUCAUCGCCACCACUGCCGGCGACAAGAGCACAGCAGGUAGGGACGCACAGGGCAAGGCGGGCAGGGACUCUCAUCACCUGCUCAUUGCCACCACCACGGGCGACACCACCAACCCUCAUCCUCUCAGUGACGACAACUCUCUUUCCCCCGCCCUUCCUGCCAUCCUCUGCCCUCCCCAUCUCCCCUCUCCCCCCCCAUCCUGCCCCACGUACCUUCCAGUCUACACAGCAUCACUGAGGGCGCAGCUAGCAGACGGCAGCAAGAAGCUGGUCGGUGCAGCACACUACAGUCCCCGGGAUGGCACCGGCAGCAGCAGCGGCAGCGGGGGGAGCAGCAGUGGAGGGGGCAAGGAGGGCAGCAGCAGCAGCAACAGCCGCUGCACAGCGGUGGCAUGGGUGCCGGGCGGCGAUGGGCUGUUUGUCACCGCGCAUGCCGAUGGCAACCACCGUGACGGCACCACGGAGCCAGGCUUCCCCCCCAUCAAGGACGUGCAUGCGUUCUCCACCGCUCAUGCGCGCUCCAACAAGAGCAACCCAUUAGCACGGUGGCACAUAUCCCCAUCCGCCAUCAACGCCCUCGCCUUCUCCCCUUCCGGCUCACACAUGGCCACUGUCUCCCGUGAUGGCUACCUGCGAGUGUAUGACUGGGAGCGAGAGGCCCUGGAGGGCGGGUGCAAGAGCUACUACGGGGCGUUCCUGUGCUGCGCGUUCAGCAGCGAUGGGCGGCUGGUGGCAGCAGGCGGGGAGGACGAUUUGGUGGCCGUGUGGGACCGCCACUCCCACUCCGUGCUGGCGUGGUGCGAGGGGCACUGCUCGUGGGUCACAGCAGUGGCGUUCGACCCCUUCCUCCCCGCCAACCCCCCCCCGCCCUCCACCAUCGCCUCCCCCCCCUCCACCACAGCUGCCGCCGCCGCCACUCCACCAUCCUCCUCCCCCAUCCCCACCAGCAGCGCCAGCACGGGCAGUGGUGCGGGUGGGGGUGUGGUAGUGGCGCCCGGUGGGGCCGAGGGGAGCUACAGACUGGGGUCCGUGGGGCAGGACACGCAGCUGUUGCUGUGGGACAUAGCUUUAGACGAUGUGUUGCUCCCCUUGCGCCUCCAUGCAUCCCAUCCGCACCACCAGUCAGCAGCUGCCACGUCAGCAUCCCACCCUCAUGACGUGGCAUCGACCAGAACCCCGCCAACCGCCCACCCGCAUUCUCGCUCGCACUUCUCCCACUUCCACUCUCACGCACCCGGCCAUGCCUCUCCCAACCGAACACAUGGCGCCACGUCAGCGUCACCAUCCACAUCAGCAGCAGGAGCUGCCACGUCAGCGUCAUCAUUAGGUCUGGGCAGAUCCAGCGGUGCCCGGAGCUCCAGUGGGGCAGGGAGUGGUGCCGGUGGGGCCGGCAGCAGCAGCAGCAGCAGUGGGGGCGGGGUUGGCAGCGGUGGUGGCAGCAGCAACGGGGCUUUAAGAGAUGCAUCGGCAUCGAAUGCAUCACAUGCAAGCAAUGCAGCAGCGGUGCUAGUGCCUCCUCCUUCCCGCAAGGACGUGCCGCGAAUAUCGCCAGUGAUGGCGCAUAAGGUGCACGUGGAGCCACUAUCAGCACUCGCCUUCUCACAAGACGCCGUGCUGACCGCCUGUCACGAGGGCUGCGUUAAGCUCUGGCUGCGACCAGGCGCCACCCCCCCUCCCGGCAGCAUUGCCACCACCUCCUCCCCUGCCCCUUCUGCUGCCGCUGCUGCGCCUGUUCCUGCUGCUGGUGUUGCUGCUGCUGCCACUGCAGCCGUGCCUGCAGCGUCCGCGUCGCCUCUCCGGGGGGACCCCCAGUCAGCCUCUCCCGCCCUCCAUCUGUCCGACCGGGGGCCUGCCAGCAACCGCACGGGCACGGCAGAAGCUGCUGCUGCUGCUGGUGCUGGUGCUGGUGCUGGUGUUGGUGCGGGCAGCAUGAGUGCUGCUGCUGCGUCGGCUGCAGUGGCAACGGUAGCAGCGGCGGCGGGUGCCAGAAUAUUGCAUGCAACUGUUGCCAUGCUCUCACAGGUGGCAAGGGCAUGGGAUGAUGUUGAUUAA